AUGGUUGAUCAGAAAGAAAAUCAGAUUAAGCGAAUGUUUAGAAGAAAAGGUAAUUCUGCAAGUGAAACCAAAAUUCUUGAACGAAUUCUUCCUAAGGAAAAUAGAAAAGAAAUUUAUCAAAAAUAUCUUGAAAUAAUAGAGUAUAAAAAUAGAAAAAAAAACAAUGAUAACAAAAUCGAAAUCUUUAAAAAGAUUCUCAAUUCUCAAUUUGAAUUAGAAAAUGAAAAAAUUAGGGAACUGAAAGAAAAAAUAGACAAUUUAAAAGAAGAAAGUUUACAAAGAGAAAUAGAAACAAUUGAAAGAGUGUUAUCUUCAUUAAGAGAAGAAAAAAAUAGCGAAUUGCUAGAUUGGUUAAAAGAAGAAGUUAACUCCUUGAAAGAAAGGAUAAUAAUCAGAAAAACAGAAAAAUAUUUGGAAGCAAAAAAAACUUAUUUAGAUACUCGUUUAGAAAUUGCCAAAAAAUUGGAUGAAUAUUGCAAAAACCUAGGUGAAAAUAAUACAAACUAUCAAGAAAGAAAGGUGAUAAUAAAAGGAAUAAGUGAUAUAUUAGGAACCCUUACCCUUUCUAUCAAACCAAUGGGCAUUGGUUUUAAUAUUAAUCUUGGUAAACUAGGAGAAGUGGCUAGCGACAUAAAUGAUUAUUGGGAAAUCAAUUCACAAUACAAAAGUGGCAAAGAGUUUGAAAAAUAUCUAGAAAGUGAUGAAAACAAUACUUUUAAGGAAAUUUAUAACUCCUUAGAAAAAGUAUUGAGUAAGAAUAAAGGAUUGAAGAUUAGUAAAAUGAUUAUUAGUAAUCUAAAACUAAAGGUAGAUACAGAAUUAGAUAUAGAGGUAUUAAAAACAUUCAAAGUUAGGCAUGAAAAAAUUUGUAGUAUUGCUAGUAAUUGA